CACUUAAAAUUCAAAUACAUAAAUAUUAAAAUUAAUAAUUUACAUAAUAAAAUUACGGCGUUAAUUUUACCGUUUACAGUUUUCAAGUCCAUUAGUCCUUAGAGGGGUAUCAACAAUACCUCGUUCAAAUAGUCCGGUAAAAAUCCAAAGAAUCACUUUUCCAUAGACAUACAUAACCAAAUAUUGCCGUUUCUGAAAAUAAAUGAUAUUAUACAUAGAGCAAACAAAAAUAAAAUAAAUCGUAAAUAAUAAUAAAUAAUUAAACUGUCAAAACAAACAUGUUGCAGUACAGAUUUUGCCGCCCUUGUCAAUUACAUUGAACAGUGCUCUUUGACCUGUUCAAAACGGUGCAAUGUGAUUGGCACUUCUCUUUCUCCGUCGCACAAUACACAACACUCUUCGUUGCCUAGCAACGCGCGCACCAAACGACAAACAAAAAAAACAACUUGAGAGAGACUACCUCUCCUCGAUUCGUUUUUUACCGUUGCGCGCCUGAAAAUCGCGCCUUUUUAAACACUUUUUAUCGGGUCGUCGCUGCUAACAGACCUGCGCGAAGAAGUUCACGGAUUUUGCAGUGCAAAAUCUUCGAAGGCUGGAACUGCUGCUGCUCUCCGACAGCUUCUGCCUUGAGCCGCUCCUGUUGAGAAGGACUCGGGAGGACUUACUUACUGUCACGUCACGGCAAUGGGUCAACGUCCAUCUGCGGUGAUGACUGCAUCCUUGCUGCGACUCCUCCUUCCUGCAGCGGACAGCGGCGUCGAGACGGCGCCUGUCCUCAAAACGACCAACAAACCUGGCCUGGUUCACCACGCGUCGACGGGGUCUGGCGUGGGGCGAUGAUGCUGUACCAGACAGCACGGCGUCUGGCACUGCAGCUGACGUCAUCAACUGCUGAUGUGGCGGCAUCCAGCCGCCCUGCCUCACGACUACGCGCGAGACGGCGUCGUGGCGUCUGCGGUGCUGAUUGCGUGGGGCGAGGUCACCACUUCCCACAAGGAAGCACUCGUCUAUUCCCAUCACUGUUAGAUCCACAUUCUUCGCUAUUCUUCACAUCAUUCGAAGAAUACUAUUCAAGCAACUAUGACAGUGAUGCGAGUGAAUAGUGUUGAGACGACGUAAUUUUCUCGUAUAGGGGCUUCUCCCAAUAAAUUCUUAAAAAUCAUCGAUUUCAAAUUUCAGUGUUUUCAUUUCAUAAAAUAUCAAUGCCUUGACAUCCAAAGUUUAAUAAACUAAAUAUUUCAGCUAAAUCUGAUUGGAUUUGUAUGCGAAAUGAGUGCAUACUUUUCUAACCUGCAUUCUGGGUAGAAUGCAAUCCUAAAGAUCAUUCUUUUCCCUAAAUUCAUCCCAGAAAUGGUAAUAAAAUAGUGAAGUUUUAAAAUCUUAGUGAGUUCUUCUAUAAAUAUUAGAAAAUUUAGUGAUUUUCUAUUUUUCAUCAUCAACAUAACGACGCCUAUUGGAUUACUCAGCAUCAUCAUUAAAUCAAGACGGACUGCGGCUGGGGCGGCCGCUGGUGGCUCGCGGGGUGAGGCUGGCGGUGGUCUCGGGGGCGGAGGCCCGGUGGCUGCGCGCGACCGCCUGGGGCUCGCUCUGCGUCGUCCUCGACUGCUCCUGCCCCGAGGCCUCCGCGCUCUUGCAGACGCUGCCCGCCGGGCCGCGCUGCUGGCUGCUGCUGCACCCCCGGGGCCUGCCCCCCGCGCGCCGCUGGGACGCGGACGUGACUAUGGCGCGGGGCGCAGAGGGGGGCGCGGGGCUGGCCCUGGCGCAGGCGCGCGGCGGUCACGUGACCGCGCUGGGCGAGUGGCGGGCAGGGGUCGACCUGCGCGCGCUCCUGCGGCAGGGCGCGUCCCCCCGCGACCUGCGGGGCGCCGCGCUCCAGGUCGUCGCGGCGCGACUGAACGAUGACUACAACUUCAGUAGCUUUGAAGAAACUGUUGGGAUUCCAGCACACGACAGCAGCGCCAGAUAUUUCAGGUGUCUUCAAGUCCUCUGCAACUUUCAGACAAUACUUAAGAUCACCGACCAGUCAGCACGUUUGUCAAUGACAGAUAAUGAAGGAAUAACAGAAAUGUUGCAAAAAGAAGAAUUUGAUGUAGUCGCCACACUUUCUGGAGUUCUGCCAAUCACAUUCCAACACGCGGAUUUCCUGCAACCCAUUUCACAGUUUCAGCCGGUGAUAGUGUUCCUGCAGCCGACUGUAUCGACCCUGCGCAACGUGUUCCUGCUGCCCUUCGCGGGCGCCACGUGGGCGGCGCUCCUGGCCACCGUGGUUGCCAGCACUGCAGCGCUCAUGGCCGGCGUGGCGCUGGCCGAGGGUUCCGGCCGGCCCUGGACCAUGUGCGAUGUGACCCUGCUCGUGGCGGGGGUCAUCUGCCAGCAGAGCGUGGCAGAGCUUCCGCGCAGCAUGUCGGCACGUACAACCAUCAGCUUGUUGAUGCUGUCGACGAUACUGACUUGGAGCGUGUACACCGGUUCGGUGAUGUCCUUCUUCUCAACACCGGACCAGCCGAUACGAACACUGUCGCAUCUCGUGCAGUUCAAGUACGAGAUGGCCAUUGAUGAAUACACACACCUCAAUAUGAACUCAACGGGCAGAGGCGCAGAUCUCCAGGGCCUGGCGGCAGACGCACGGGUGCUGGACAGCAACGACGGCAUCGCGUGGCUGCGCGCGGGGCGACACUGCUUCUACUCCGCCCAGAUGCUAGUGGAGGAGCCGAGCAAGGGACUGCUCAGCACGGCCGAGCUCUGCAGGCUGACCUUCCUCUCCCUGAGGGAUGGCAACAUCCGGCUCGCCAUGACCGUGCCCAAGAACUCGCAGUUCAAGGAGGCCCUCAACUGGGGGAUCAUGAGAAUACGUGAGGCUGGUAUCAACGAAUACUUGUAUCGUUUCAAAAUCAUUGAUCUGCCCAAGUGCUCCACCGAUGUAACUGACCUGGAAAUGGUUGAACUAGGACCAGCAUUUGUCUUGCUGGGGAUGGCUUGUAUUGUAUCUGUGACCGUUCUCCUGGUAGAACUUGCAUCGGUGAAGUGCACAUGGAUGAAUCCUUCAACCAAGCCUACUCCUGUGAGUUCAUCACAACAGCACAAAUGUGAAGACUUGAUCUGUGCUAGAUUAAGAAGGAGCAGAAUCAAAAAAUGCUGAAUCGAAGAGCAAUGUCUCUGUCUGGUAACAAAAUGAGUGACAAAACAUAUAAUACCAGAAAUCUAUCACUAGUCCACACAUAAUAGGAGUAAUGACAAGAGAAUUAAAUAACGAACAUGGAGUGUGCGACCAAGCCUUAAGGCAACUAACUCUAAACUAUGCAUUCACCCUCGUGGCACGCAUGAUUUUUAAAAUGAGUAAAAAUGCUUAUUUAAACAGUGUGCCUCUCGACGCAGGCCCCACAGAUAAUACAAGUGAAACAGAAGUAACGGACCAGUGAUGGCAAGCGAUGAAGUCCCCGGACUGCAGACACUUCCUACCUCGGGCAGGAGUGACUGAAGCCUGGGCCGGAUAUCAGAAAACAGCCACUGACCAUGUAUAUUCCCUCCUCACUUCUAGAUCCUUGCCGCUUACAUUACGAAACUUAUACACAAAAACAAUUCACAUAAUUAAAUAACAUUAAGUUUCAUUUAAAAAAAAAAAAACCUUUACUAUGACCAAAUUUUGCUAUAUAAUGUUUACAAAUAUUGCUACUCAGGGAUGCAUUGCCUGAGUACAAUAGAAUUAAUGAGGUCAUCUAAUAAACGAUUGUUUAUUGUUGCUGAAAAGAUACAGAGAACGAAACCUCUGGGAAAUAAAAGAAAACAAAUUACAAAGUCAUUUAUACGUAUGUAUGGUAUUGUCACACUGAACCUAGUGGCAAUAACUUGCAACCUGCCAGUGGUGUGCCAUACAAACGCUGGCACACGUUACGUUGUACAUGCAUACGCAGAUGGCAGCAGCGUUAUCCUGUUGGAAAACAGCUCCUUGAAUACUGCGGAUGAAUGGCAGCACCAGUGAAGGUUCUCGGGAUGGCGACGAGAGUGCUCCCGCUGUCAAAGGACCAUACACCGCAGACAGCUCAUCCGGCCUCCAUCGCUGGCACCUCGUUCGAGAACACGACAGACCUCCACUCUCCGCCCUCCGAUGAGCUCUAGCUCGACAACACUAGAGUCGCUGAUGACAGGACUCUGAAUCAGUGGCAUGAACGCUGCAGGACGUCUGGAUCGGAGUUGUUCUUCAAGUAAUGGAUUUGUUACAGUUCUCUGGGUCCCUGUGGUGCCAACUAAAGCUCUAAUGGCUGCUGCAGAUCCACCAUAGCAAUGCGGCGAUCUUCCCUCUCUGUAGCGGCCGAACCCUGGUUGCCAACACGAUGCACUGAGGAUACAUCCUGCCAAGUCUUUCUGCAAUAUCGCGGGAAGAACAACCACCUUCUCGUAGCCCUAUGACACGGCCUCGUUCAAACUCAGUUAACUGCUGGUACUGCUUUCUUCGUCUCACUCACGCCUACAUCACGUCAUUACCGGACGAAGAAUAAAACUACUAGCACAUAAUUCGAAUAGGCCUCAUCUUUCACAUGUGCAAACAUUAGGAAUGGGCCAAUCAAAUACUCAAUUCCUCAAAUACCACCAAAUCCUUGGUAUUAGAAGAAUUCAAUAUUCCUGGAAAAAAAAUUAGAAGAAAUAAAGUAAAUUAAUCACUGAUAACCUCUGAAUUUUACUAAGUUAAUUUUUUUCUACCUACCUAUCCUGCUACCAUUCUCUAAUAUAAUG